GGUCGAAGCCGCAGACCAGUGCCCUUUGGAAGACAUCGCAUCGCAAUGGCCUUCACUCAGCUGAAAGCGACGGGCCUGAUCUGCCUGCUGGCCAUCGCGCAGUGCUUCGCCAUCGACACCAGAAUCGACCUCUCGAGGGCUGCAUUCAUCAACCCGGCACCCAUCGGCAGUGCAUCUGGCAGCCGCGCCCUCUCCCGGACGGCAUCGCCACAAGGUAUCGGGUCGCCUCUCCUCGCACCCUUGCUGGGCCUUGACGGCAGCGACGCUUCGGCAACGGCCCUGAGCAUGGCAGAUGAUGCGCCACCCGGCAGCCGCGCGUCGGUUGACUUGAACAGGACAUCGUUCUUCUGGGGUGUGCUGCUGAUCCUCAUCCUCUCGGUGCUCUUCUCGAGCUACUUCUUCAACUGACCGACCGACCGACGGACGACGGACGGAUGACCACUGCUGCUGCGGGAGGACAGGGCGGCGGGAAGGAAGACCGUGUUUGCUUUCUUUACCAGAUGUGAUGUGAUGGCUGUCCGCAAAAUGAAGUGACGUGUGCGAGCGUGGAUGCGGGUUGGAGGAAGGCAGGCGUGUAGGUUUCUGUGUGACUGCGUGAAGUGGAG